AUUUUCAUUUGUUUUUAAAUUUUUUUAUUGGCAACCAAAUUCUAUUUUAACAAUAUUAAGAUUUUCAAAUAUUAAAAAUGCCACACGCCCUCUUUGCCUAGACUCCUAUCGCACUUAUAUAUAUAAAUCCCACUCUAAUCAUCAACAGACUCAAACUCAUUCAUAUUCUCUCUCCCAUCUCUCACACAAACGCACCCACCUCCAAGCCAAGCCCUCUCUGUUUCCUCUUCCUCUGUUUUCUCUGUUGGGUAAAAUCAUGGGGGCGACGCUUCUCCCAGAUAUCGGAACCGAGAUUCUGAUACCGCUGUGUGCGUUCAUCGGCAUCGCCUUCUCUGUGGUGCAGUGGAUGUAUGUCUCUCAGGUCAAGCUCUCGCCUGGUCGAGACGCCAACUCAAACGCCCCCGGCAAAAAUGGCUACAACGAUUACCUCAUCGAAGAAGAAGAAGGCGGCAAUGACCACAACGUCGUCCUCAAAUGCGCAGAAAUUCAAAACGCCAUCUCUGAAGGAGCAACCUCAUUCCUUUUCACCGAAUACAAAUACGUCGGUGGUUUCAUGGUGGCUUUUGCAGUCUUGAUUUUCGUUUUCCUUGGCUCUGUGGAGGGAUUUAGCACAAGUAGCCGUCCAUGUACAUAUGACCAAACAAAGAUAUGCAAACCAGCUCUUGCCACUGCCAUCUUUAGCACAAUUUCCUUCUUGCUUGGUUCUAUAACUUCAGUGGUUUCUGGAUUCCUUGGGAUGAAGAUUGCUACUUAUGCGAAUGCCAGAACAACAUUGGAGGCAAGAAAAAGUGUUGGGAAGGCUUUUAUUACUGCAUUCAGAUCAGGAGCUGUUAUGGGCUUUCUCCUUGCUUCAAGUGGUCUAUUGGUUCUUUACAUUGCUAUCAACGUCUUCAAGUUGUACUAUGGUGAUGACUGGGGUGGCCUUUUCGAGGCUAUAACUGGUUAUGGUCUUGGGGGAUCUUCCAUGGCUCUCUUUGGCAGGGUUGGUGGAGGCAUCUAUACCAAAGCUGCUGAUGUUGGUGCCGAUCUUGUUGGCAAGGUUGAGAGGAAUAUUCCCGAGGAUGACCCAAGGAACCCAGCUGUGAUAGCUGAUAAUGUAGGAGACAAUGUUGGGGAUAUAGCCGGUAUGGGAUCUGAUCUUUUCGGAUCCUACGCUGAGGCAUCGUGUGCUGCCCUUGUGGUCGCAUCCAUUUCCUCAUUUGGGAUCAAUCAUGAGUUAACUGCAAUGCUAUAUCCUCUCAUUGUCAGUUCCGUUGGCAUCCUCGUUUGUUUGCUCACCACCCUGUGUGCAACAGAUUUCUUUGAGAUCAAGGCUGUAAAUGAAAUUGAACCAGCACUGAAGAGGCAGCUCAUCAUUUCCACUGUACUGAUGACUGUUGGAAUUGCAAUUGUUACAUGGAUUUCUGUUCCAUCUUCCUUCACGAUCUUCAAUUUUGGCACACAGAAAGUUGUGAAGAACUGGCAGCUAUUCUUAUGUGUUGGUGUUGGUUUGUGGGCUGGGCUUAUCAUUGGUUUUGUAACAGAGUAUUAUACUAGUAAUGCGUACAGCCCUGUGCAAGAUGUUGCUGAUUCUUGUCGGACUGGAGCUGCCACUAAUGUCAUUUUUGGCCUUGCAUUGGGAUACAAAUCCGUCAUUAUUCCUAUUUUUGCCAUUGCAAUUAGCAUUUUUGUUAGUUUUAGCUUUGCAGCUAUGUAUGGGAUUGCGGUAGCUGCCCUUGGAAUGCUGAGCACCAUAGCAACUGGAUUGGCCAUUGAUGCAUAUGGUCCCAUCAGUGACAAUGCUGGAGGAAUUGCUGAGAUGGCAGGCAUGAGCCACAGAAUCAGAGAGAGAACUGAUGCUCUUGAUGCUGCAGGAAACACCACUGCUGCUAUUGGAAAGGGAUUUGCAAUUGGGUCUGCUGCUCUUGUGUCCCUUGCUCUCUUUGGUGCCUUUGUUAGCCGUGCUGGUAUCUCAACAGUUAAUGUGUUGUCUCCAAAAGUGGUUAUUGGUUUGUUAGUGGGCGCAAUGCUUCCUUAUUGGUUCUCUGCCAUGACGAUGAAGAGCGUGGGAAGUGCAGCUCUAAAGAUGGUUGAGGAAGUGCGCAGGCAAUUCAAUACCAUCCCAGGUCUCAUGGAGGGUACUGCCAAGCCUGACUAUGCUACAUGCGUUAAGAUUUCGACGGACGCCUCCAUCAAAGAAAUGAUCCCCCCUGGUGCCCUUGUCAUGCUUACACCCCUCAUUGUUGGGAUCUUUUUUGGUGUGGAAACUCUCUCCGGGGUGCUUGCCGGAUCCCUUGUCUCUGGUGUACAGAUUGCUAUCUCUGCAUCUAACACGGGUGGUGCUUGGGAUAAUGCCAAGAAGUACAUUGAGGCUGGUGCUUCAGAGCAUGCAAGGACGCUUGGUCCAAAAGGAUCAGAUCCCCACAAAGCAGCUGUCAUUGGUGACACCAUUGGAGACCCUCUCAAGGAUACAUCUGGGCCAUCGCUCAACAUUCUUAUCAAGCUCAUGGCUGUCGAGUCGCUAGUGUUUGCUCCGUUCUUCGCUACGCACGGUGGCCUGCUCUUCAAGAUUACGACGGUAGAACUCGGGACCCUCUCAGCUCAAUUUCUUCGUCAGAGUUUUGAGUUCUCCAGUUCCCCCGAAAUGUUAUCUCUCUGUCCUCUCCACCCUUCACCUCCCAAGCCGUCUCUCCCUCCAUCUCUCUCUCUCAACCCCAAAAGCUUCAACCUUUUCUUGAACGCAAGCCUAAUAAGAACCCGCUCUCUCCGCCGCAAGUCUCUGAAAAUCCAAUCUCUCGACGCCGCCCAGCUCUACGACUACGAGUCCAAAGUCGCCGCCCAAUUCCACGACGACCACAUGCUCAAGAUCGCCAUCAUCGGCUUCGGCAACUAUGGCCAGUUCCUCGCCAAGACCCUCGUCGCCCAAGGCCACACCGUCCUCGCCCAUUCCCGAUCCGACUAUUCCAAAACGGCGCAGGACCUCGGCGUUUCGUUCUUCUCCGACCCACACGAUCUCUGCGAACAACACCCACAAGUCAUUUUGCUCUGCACCUCCAUCCUCUCCACCGAGCCCGUUCUCAAAUCCCUGCCUCUUCAGCGCCUCAGGCGAAACACCUUGGUCGUUGAUGUGCUUUCCGUCAAGGAGUUCUCCAAGGCAUUGUUGCUGAAGUUGCUGCCUGGCUACUUCGACGUCGUCUGCACCCACCCGAUGUUCGGGCCCCAGAGCGCCAAGCACGGGUGGAAUGGGCUCUUCUUCGUGUACGAAAAGGUCCGAAUUGGGUCCGAAGAAUCGAGGAUUUCGCGGUGCGAUAAGUUGUUGAACAUUUUUGAGAAAGAAGGGUGUAGAAUGGUGGAGAUGAGCUGCGCCGAGCAUGAUAAGUACGCGGCGGGUUCGCAGUUUAUGACCCACACGGUCGGGAGAGUGUUGGGGAUGUUGAAAUUGGAGUCGACGCCCAUAAAUACUAAAGGGUAUGAGACAUUGUUGGAUUUGGUGGAGAACACAGCUGGGGAUAGCUUUGAUUUGUAUUAUGGGUUGUUUAUGUACAAUAAGAAUGCAUUGGAGACGUUGGAGAGAUUGGACUUGGCUUUUGAGGACCUGAAGAAACAGCUUUUUGGGCAUUUGCACGAUGUUGUGAGAAAGCAAUUGUUUGGCAAUGCAGAAAAGGCAAGAACUUUGCAGGAGGAUUAUGCGGAGCAGGCUCAGAAUGGAGCUGCAUUGGUAUCUUCUUCAAAAGCUUUGAGAUCGCCAAAAAUUGUUCGGUCAGAUGACCAAAAAGCACAGAUUUCUGAUGACAACUCUAGGCUAAAGAUUGCAAUUGUUGGUUUUGGAAACUUUGGUCAGUUCCUUGCUAAGACGAUUGUACGCCAAGGUCAUAUGGUUCUAGCCUUUUCUCGAACAGACUACUCAGAUGUGGCUCAGAAAUUAGGCGUUUCUUACUUCUCUGAUGCAGACGAUCUGUGUGAAGAGCAUCCAGAAGUGAUACUUCUUUGCACAUCCAUUCUGUCAACUGAGAAAGUUCUGAGGUCAUUGCCACUGCAGAGGCUGAAGAGAAAUACUUUAUUCGUUGAUGUUCUUUCAGUGAAAGAAUUUCCAAGAAAUCUGUUUCUUCAAACUUUGCCGCUGGAAUUUGAUAUUCUAUGUACGCAUCCUAUGUUUGGACCAGAGAGUGGUAAAAACGGGUGGAAUGGUCUUUCUUUUGUUUAUGAUAAGGUCAGGGUUGGAAGUGAUGAAUCAAGGGUAUCGCGGUGUGAUCAAUUUCUUGAUAUCUUUGCACGAGAAGGGUGCCGAAUGGUGGAAAUGUCUUGUGCAGAACAUGAUAGGCAUGCAGCAGGGUCACAAUUCAUUACACACACUAUGGGAAGGAUUUUGGAAAAAUUGGGUUUGGAAUUGACACCAAUCAACACAAAAGGUUAUGAGACUUUGUUGAAUUUAGUGGAGAAUACAGCAGGAGAUAGCUUUGAUCUUUACUAUGGCUUGUUCAUGUACAAUAUUAAUGCAAUGGAGCAGUUAAAGAGGUUGGACAUGGCUUUUGAAUCUUUAAAGAAGCAGCUUUUUGGGCGUUUGCAUGGUGUUCUGCGGAAGCAACUUUUUGAGAACGCAGAUAAGUCUCAAGUUAUGCAGGAACAGGCCUUGUUGCCAAAACCAUCCCAGAAUGAAUCUGCACUAACACCUUCUUUGGAGGGUCGUAACAUUCAGAAGAACUAAUUGUGAUCAUCUUCUACCUUUUCGGGUUCCACAUAAAGCUUUGUGGUGGUGUUGUAACCUGAUAGCUGCAUCAGAACAGAAGGAAAUCAGUGAAAGACAUUAAUGCUGGUAUGCAAUCAAGCUGCUGGAGGUUGGCUCUGUAGUAACUGCAUCUCAAGGGCAUCUAUACUCGUCGUAGCUGUU